GGCUUCUUUCACCACACGUGGGUGAAUGAAGUCGCCCUGAGAACCGGAAUCCCACAGCGUUGAGUACACCCUCGUGGAGGUCCCCAGCCGUACUAGAAUGAUCGGGAGGGUGCGAUCAGGGUCAGAGAGGAUGGUGAGAAGGCGACGCAGUGCAGCGACAUGGAAGGGUGAUCCACUCCAAUGGCAAGGACAGGGAGCCUUUGGGAGGCAGUGGGCGGAGCAUGGCACCUACAAGAUCGGCUACUUAUGGAACGAGUUGACCAACUCAUGGAGGCAGUGGGCGGAGCAUGGCACCUACAAGAUCGGCUACUUAUGGAACGAGUUGACCAACUCAUGGAAAUCUGAUGAAGAAAUGGCCCAUAUUCUCCCGUACCAGGAAGACAAUCGGCUGCGAGAGCUAGUGAACACGUAUGGUCCACGAAACUGGUAUGUUGUUGAGACAACUUCAGCGAAGAUAAUGGCUAUGAUGAUGGUGAUGAUGAUGAUAGUAAUGAUGCUGAAUGAUGAUGAUGAUGAUAAUGACGAUGGUCAUUUUGAUAAUGAUGAUGACGAUGACGAUCACAAUGGCAAUGAUGAUGAUGGGGAUGAGCAUGAUAUGCGGAAGACGCAGAGGGAGAAUACAAGCCAUGCUAACGGACGCGCACCUCAUGGAGUUGGAUGGCAUGUCCUGAAUCAGUUGACUUCUGAAUGGCUGACUCAGAAGUCAAAGCUGAAUCCCGCUGUCAAGAAAGAGCCAUUCUCAGAGGAGGAGGAUCGGUUGAUCAUCGAGUCGCAUAAGAAACAUGGAAAUAAAUGGGCAGCCAUAGCCAAGGAGUUUUCAGGAAGGACAGAUAAUGCCAUCAAGAACCACUGGAACUCCACCUUACUGAGAAAAUAUCCGGAGCUAAGUCAGCGUAGCAGCAGUGCUCUCUCGUCCACGACACAGGACACAUGUCAUCAAUUGGCAGCAGCAGAUACUGAUGGCGACAGCACUGCGGGAACAGAUGAGGAACCACCAGGGUCAUCUUCAUUAUCACCUUCACCACCAUCCAAAAGACAACAACCCCCUCGCUGGGAGGAUGAUGGCAAGCUGCAAAAACGCAUCCGAGCCCCGAUGCCUUUCUGUUCCAGCCCAGUGGGUUGCCUUCCUCGGACCCCGACAACACCUUCAGGACCUCUGAGCCCGUUGGUGGGAAGCCCUCUAAGUCAGCUAGACCUUGUCCUGCAGAGCAAUGAACUAUCUCGGAGGGUACGUGGACUAGCAUCAAGAGUCUACCCGCUGCAAGGAGCAGCAGGUCCUCCGCAUCCUCAGCCUCCACCCCCUCCUCUUCCCAUUCCCACAGUCUCGUCAGGCAAACGUCACAAGCAAGACCUGGAGAGUGGAGGGUUUCUCUCUCAAGGCGAAAGCCCGUCUACCACGACGGCAUCUUCUCCGCCAUCACCGUUGAUGAUGAUGAGGUCCCUUGAUCCAGGUCCAACUCUAUCUCUGUGCACAGGUAAUGACAUGGACCUGGGGGCAACCAGCAGCCACAUGACCGACUUUUCUCUCUCAACAAGGCUGAAUCCUCUGGAAAGAGGGCAUGUGCCAUCUUUCUCAAAAUCGCCAACUUCAAUAAGGACUUCGGCAACACCUUCAGGUACAGGAUUGGAAGGGGGAGAAUGCGGUAGAGGAGCGGGCUUAGCAAGACCACAUAGGUCACUUCCCCUUGAUCUUCUAGACCCGGGCGAGGAGCAGAGACGAACAACAGCGUCGUCAACGAGUGGAAGAAGGGACAGGGAUCGAGGAGGGAAGUCGUACCUCGAGCCUGUUGUGGGGUUAGGCCUGGGACUGGCCUUGGGAGCUACAGCUGGUUCAGAAGAUGAUGAAAUGGAGGCAAGGCCCAGUAGUGGUGGGUGCAUCAAAGGUCUCUGUCAUCAAGAUGGCAUACACUCUCGCACGGGGGCUCAUGUUAGUGGGACUGUGAGGCCGCAGGCAGUUCGGUGCACGCCUCAAAGUGCCACGUUAGCUUCUGCCAUAUUACAGAUACUCCCAGGUCUGACACAGCUGGAGAUGGCUUCGUCAGGAGGCGCAUGUGGUGCAAGUUCUUCCACGUCGGUGUCAUCUGCCGAGCAAGCUGCAGUUGCAGCCGCCGCUGCUCUUCCACAAGAGGUGAAGGAGAAGGUGGUUGCUGAGUGUAUAAUGUUCACCCACGCUAUGGCACAGAUGUCGAUGAGAUGGCAUAAGCAAAAGCAAGAAGAAGAGCUGCAUCAGAACCAACCGCAGCAGCAUUUGUGUCCAUAUCAAGAUCAUCAGCAGGCCCAACCUCAGCAGCAGAAGCAGCCAUUGGAUGGUGUUAGUCAGCAUGUGGAAGAAUCUCAGAGCAUCAGCAAUCACGACCAUUAUGAGGAGGAAUGGCAUCACCAAGCUUGUCCAAUUCAAAGUCAAAGUCAAAGUCAAAAGCAUCUGCAUCUUCUCGAUUGCCGGCCGCAUCAUUCUCAUCACAUGCAGGACCACCAUCAUCAUAACCAGAACCAUGGUUAUUCUUCCCAAGAUCUUGUGGUGGUGCCCGACUGGUCUACAAACAACCAGGAGGCUUCAGACAUAUCUCCCGCAUCAGCAGCUCUCGGUAGGCUUUCAACUGUGACGUCCCCGGCGUCAGGGUCAGCGUCAGCGCCGUCGUUGGCAAUGAUGACCGAUCAAGAGGAUGGGGGCCACAGAGGGUGUUGGAAUGGCAACAUGACUGCCGGAGGUGUGGGUGUUGUCGCCACCCCAGAAGCGGCUGCUGGAGGACCUGGCUUAUUGAGACGUACAAGAUUAACUGCGUUUUCUAACUUCUCGCCGCGAAGCAAUGCCAGCAUAACCACAGCAAAUGUCGCAGCAGGCGGCGAGGAAUCUUCGCGCAUGUUGAAUCUUGAUUCACUCGCAGAUGGUCUCAAUCAAAGAAGUCCCUAAGGGCGGGCAGGGGGGGGUUGAUAAGCCCCACGCCUCUGAAGGAAGGGAUUCCUACUGCAGACACAGAAGAUGAGCCCGCACCUACCACAUAUAUUGUCUGCAGUAAUAAGGAUGCGUCUUGCCUUGCUCCAGAUGCAUGGUCCCCAUCUUGCGCUCCUCCAAAGCUGCGCUGGAAGGCAGAGACCUUAAAAUAGCAUCAUCGUUUGCAAGACGUCGUCGUCGUUCGGCGGGCGAACUCUCCCAUGGAAUGUUCCUUGUACAAACAAAAUCUUAUCUUUAAC